AUGGUAACAGAAACACCAACAAAAACUGAAUAUUGUUUCAGACCGACGCACGAUACUCAUAUCACAACAAUAGACUUCGUCAAUACACGGGAUCAAAAUUAUACAUUUGAUCAAUUAUUCCAAAUGAAUGUUACUGCUUAUAAUAUCUUCGUUUGGUCUGCUUCGAUCGAUGUUGCUGAACAAUAUCAAUACUAUCUUGAUCAAAAAAAUCAAUCUCUUCAAUCUAAUGAACUAUUCUUUAAUUGUACAUCACCUUGGUUUGGAUCUCGAUGUCAAUAUUCUCUUGAAACUAAUGAAUUCGAAUUUCCCGCUCUUACUACAGGACACACAUGUUACAUUUUGUUAGAGUGUGAUCGUGGUGGAGCAUUUCUUUGUCUUGAUUGGCGUGAGAUAUGUGAUGGACGAAUUGAUUGUCUUAAUAACGGUGUUGAUGAAGCAAAUUGUUUUGAAUUAGAAAUAAAUGAAUGUAAACCAAAUGAAUAUCGAUGUCAUAAUGGACAAUGUAUUUCGGAAUAUUACUGGAAAAAUGAGAAAUUUGCUGCAAGAUGUCUCGAUCAGUCAGAUUUCUCGAAUCAGAUUCCUUGUCCUAAUCAAGGUCUGAUACUGGAUCGAUUUUAUUGCGAGGAAAAUACAUGUCCGCCUGGUCGGAAGAAAUUCUCAUGUGGAGAUGGACAAUGUGUAGCUGAUUUCGAUGAAUGCUUCAAUGGAAGACAUCUUAUGUUAUACGAAUCAUUGACUAUCCAAGGUAAUUUAUCAUAUCAUUGUUGGAUUGCCAUGGUUUGUCUUACUCAACUAAUCCAUCAAAUCAAUCCAUCGUUCUGCGACGAAUUUCUUCAAUCUACUCAUAUACUUUCUUCUCUUCAUGCAUGUGAUUAUUUCACUCAAUUUCCUAUCAAUCCUGUUCUUCUUGGUCAUAUUUAUUUUCUCUAUCAACCGCAACAAAUUUUAGAAGUGAAUACUUAUUCGAUUCUAUUACCACAUUAUGUUUGCUAUGAUGAACAAUUAUGCACUUACUUUUCACCAACAUUUCGUUACGAAUCACAUACAUGUCGCUCUGCUUAUCAAAUGGGAUUGACAUCCAACGAGGGAUAUUCUACUUGGAAAGAAAUGAUUGAUAUCAUCAAACCUUAUUUUUAUGGUUGUACUAGUCGAUACAACGAUCACGAUUACUCGAAACAUUCAUUAUUGUACCAAUGUCGAAAUACUUCAAAAUAUAUUUCAAAACAUCGUAUUGCUGAUGAUACCAUUGAUUGUUAUUGGAAAGAUGAUGAAGAAGAUUUGAAAUUAAGUUGUUCACUUCAUGAUCCUCGUCGUUUUACAUGUCCAAAUGAAGUUCGAUGUCGAUCACCAUUACUUCAAUCAUCUGGUUGUCCAUUUGUAGAAAAUGAAAGGAAGAGUAUUGAUAAGAUUUUAUUCAAUCAAAUAUGUGAUGGAGUCAUUGAUAUGCUACCUGAAUUGAUUAAUGGAGAAAAUCAUACCGAUGAAAGUAAUUGUGAAUAUUGGCCUUGUAAUAAUAUUUAUACCAAAUGCGAUGGAUUUUGGAGUUGUCGAAAUGGUGAAGAUGAAGAAAACUGUCGGCCAUCGAAUUGUUCUCGGCAUUUCUUUGAAUGUAUAUCACCAUAUAAUUAUACGAUGAUCUGUUUGCCGGCAGCUGAAGUUAGAAAUGGUAUUGUUGAUUGUCUUGGUGGAUUAGAUGAACUUCAGUUAUGUCAAACAGCCAAUUACUACAGUGGAAUCUCAUAUGGUUUUCGUUGUUUAUAUGAUACUCAAUGUAUCGAACCCUUUAUAGUAUGUGAUUCAAAUGGUGAAAUAUUCUACGAAGAAGUAUGUAAGGAAUGGUCUUAUUACAAUCUUUCUGAUCUGCAAAAUAAGCUUUGUUAUUCUGGCGCAUUGGAGCGUGUUCCGUUUACAUUAAAAACAGCUGAAAUCUAUCCAUUCAUUGACAAUACAAUGGCCAAUCCGGUUGUUCAUUCGACACGAAAAUUACUGCGUAUUCACCUUCCAUCAUUGCAAUGUACACGUGGUUCACUCGUACAUCUACGAUUAGGAAAUGAUAAUUACACUUCAAUUUGUAUGUGCCCACCAAAUUAUUAUGGAAAUCAAUGUCAAUAUCAAAAUCAACGUGCAGUUUUGAUAUUAACAUUCUCAGCCAUUAAUAAUGCACAUCGCAUAUAUGCUGUUUUUAUUAAACUAAUUGAUGAUGAUAAUAAUCGAGAAGAUAUACAAUCUUAUGAACAAAUCAUUUAUGUUUCAAAUAUAGCGUGUGGUCAACCAUUUGAAAGAUAUUUUCUGUAUUCAACAAGACCGAAGGAUGUUUCGAAAAACUAUAGCCUUCAUAUUGAUAUUUAUUAUAAGAUUUCGUUGGAAUACAUUGCUAGUUGGUAUUUCAAAAUUCGAUUCAAUUUUCUACCAGUGAAUCGACUCGCUGUUGUAUUAACUUUAGCAUCAAAUCAAAGUAUUCGUUCUGGUUUUUGUACUCUGACAUGUGAACAUGGUAUUUGUAUGAAAUAUAUGAAUGAAGAAAAAUUUUUCUGUCACUGUAAGAGAGGUUGGACUGGUGCUCGAUGUCACAUACCUAUUGAUUGUAAUGAUUGUUCAUCCGAUUCAAUCUGCGCUGAUAGUGUGUAUAAUCGAUCGAUCUGUAUUUGUCCUCUUACAAAAUUUGGUAAUCGUUGUUUGGUCAAGCACUCAUGUCCGGUCAAUUAUUGUCAAAAUAAUGGUCUGUGCAUCGUUAUUGAUGAACAAAUGACUGAUAACAGUUAUGAAUGCUUAUGUUCAGAAGAAUUUCAAGGAAAACAAUGUGAACAUCUAAAAGCACGAUUAUAUAUCGCUCUUAAUGAUAGAGAAAUGUCAUCCUAUCUAAUAACAUAUAUUUAUUCGUUUAUUCAAUCGGACCCACCAGUAAUAGAUGGAACGGUACUUAAAAAAUUGAUCAAAAUGCAGAGCAAUGUCACAUUAUAUUCACGGGAUCCAUUUCAAGUUGUGUUCAUUUGGAUCAAUACUAAGUAUUUUUUAGCUGUUCUUCAGCACUCCCGCGUGAUCAAUAUCUCAACAUCGAUCGAUUCAACUCGACAAUGUCCUUCCGUUAAUGAACUUCUCAAUUCUAAACAAAUCAAAUUGCCUCGAAUAGAACGAAUUAAAUAUUAUCAUACUUUAUGUUUGAACCGUCCUAACUUAAAAUGUUUCUUUGAUGAAUCGUAUAUGUGUUUAUGUACAAUAGAACAUCAUGCCAAUUGUUUUGCCUUCGAUCAUGAACGUAAAUUUCAAUGUCAAGAAAAUUUUCAUUGUCUCAAUGAUGGACAAUGUUUGCAAGAUGAUACAAAAUGUCCUGUAACAACUGUGUGUGAAUGUAUUGAUUGUUUCUUCGGCGAUCGAUGCCAAUUCCAGGCGAAAGGAAUCGGAUUAACACUGGACGAUAUUUUACGUUACGCAAUUCGACCAAAUAUUGAUUUAAAAAAUCAAUCACCUUUGAUCAAAGUAGGCAUCUUUGUUACGGUGCUUUUAUUCGUCAUAGGUCUAAUAAGUAGUGCUCUCUCAUUGUUAACAUUUCGACAGAAAGAUACCCGUACAGUCGGAUGUGGAAUUUAUCUUCUUACGUUAUCAAUCAUUUCUGUUCUAACUAUGACUAUGUUACUAAUUAAAUUUUGUGUGUUAACUGAAGGAUUACCAAGAUAUCGUCGACAAAAUUUCGGGCAAUAUGUCUCACAACUAUCUCUUAAUAUUAUUCCAUUAGGAGAAUUGAACUUAGGAGCUCAAGCUAAUGGUAAUAUUAAUGAUUUUAAUAAUUAUAAUAUAACUGGACAAGGAGAUUUAAAUGUUCCAAUCUAUAAUGGUGGUCCUAAUAAUCCGUCAGUCGGUCUUGGUGCAGCAGCAGGUAUUAGCUUCGGUUCUUAUAAUGGACAAUUUUUUGGACCAAAACCAAACUAUGAUGCUGGUCUUAAUGUUCAUAUUCCAUUUGGUCGUCGGUAG